AUGAGAUUUCUACUAUCUCUGCUGCUUGUAAACUUUGUUGCUGCCUCAUAUGAUAGUUGGGCCUGUGGCAGUGGGAAAAUUUCUACUUUCUUUGCCUACCUAGUCAGUUUGCCUGCAAAAGAUCGAGAACAUAUAAAUCUUUGUUGUUUCCACCAUGAUGCUCAAUAUGACGGGAUCGACGCGGGACAGUUAGACAUUACCAAAAGACAAUCUGAUUGGGAAUUCAAACAAUGCUUGUCAGACAGCAAAUAUUUCUAUUCAAGAGAAAUCAUCAAAAACGUAUAUGUAUGGUCGGUUCAGCUGAACACCUGGUUUAACGAAAACAUUUAUUGCAAAUUUGCGUGGUGCUAA